GUGGCCCGUCUCUGCUAAAUAAUCUCUGGUCUAGUUCACCACACCUCGAGACUUGUUACAUGAGUUUUUUUGUUUGUUUGUUUGUUUUUGGUGAAGCGCUACAUAAUAAGAUCAUAAAGACAGGAUUAUUUUAAAACAUCAUUAUAUUUUAUUUAGGGGCAAUGUAUAAAUGAUUUCUUUGGCACUAGAUUAUUUAAACGUAAAAAUGUUCUUUUGAGUCCACCAGCUGGUUUGUACGCAUCUUCACCACUACAAACGUCAUCGACUGACUGUUUGCUUACAUUAGCUGGGCUUGGCUUGCUCUGAACUACAAGGUGGAAUCAGCGUGUCAAAUUAUCGUGUUUUCAUUGAAACAGACUCAGUUUAAAGGAUUCUCACAUCUCAUCAAGUAUUUUUGGAUUUCAGACAUCGCGUGUAAAGGGUUGCGCCAGGACUUUGGAUGUACAUAGAGUAAGACCCUGUUUCCACCUGGUAUUAUGAUGCAUCUCGGGUGAUCCGAUCACAUGUGGUCAGGAGUUGUUGAAGCAGCAUGUCCAGGUCUGAUUUCCCUCCGGGUUACGAUGAUUCCCGGCUGCUCUCUAACCCUCAGCCUGGGGGUUACCCCUCCUCUGCCCCUCCAUAUGGCUUCAAUUCAUACGGGGGACCGCCUUAUGCACAGCCCAAUAACCUUUACCCAGGACAACCUGGAGGAUACCCCCCUCCAACUAUAGCACCCAUCCCUAUCCCCGUCAUUCCAUCGGGCUCAGGUGACCAUGAAGGAUUUUCCACAGCAGGAUGGGACAGUACUAGUGUCAGACACAGUUUUAUACGGAAAGUUUACCUCAUCCUUGCUGCCCAGCUCCUCGUCACAGUCGGCAUUGUGGCUAUUUUCACAUUUGUGGAACCUGUAGCACUGUUUGUGAAAAAAAACCCAGCCAUCUACUGGACCUCAUAUGCUGUAUACUUUGUGACGCACAUCGUUCUGGUUUGCUGUCAGGGACCCAGGAGGCGUUUCCCAUGGAACAUGAUUCUGUUGCUCAUUUUUACAUUGGCCAUGUCUUACAUGACAGGCACUAUAGCAAGUUAUCACAGCACUAAGGCAGUGUUCCUGGCCCUGGGCAUCACUGUAAUCGUGUGCAUUGCUGUGACAGUGUUCUGCUUCCAGACUAAGGUGGAUUUCACUAAAUGGACUGGUUUUUUCAGUGUGCUCGGAAUUGUGGUGUUUGUUACUGGUAUCAUCACUGCUAUCGUGCUGUCAUUCAAAUACGUCCCAUGGCUUCACAUGCUGUAUGCAGCUAUAGGGGCCAUUGCAUUCACUCUGUUUCUGGCCUAUCACACCCAGCUGCUCAUUGGGAAGGGGAAGCACUCCAUCGGCCCUGAGGAGUAUGUGUUUGCUGCUCUCUCCCUAUAUAUUGAUAUUGUCCAGAUCUUCAUCUUGCUCCUGCAAAUUAUUGGAUUUUCUGAGAGAUAGAAGCUUCAAGCUGACCGACAGACCUUUUCAGCCUGUACUGUCAUAAUGAUUUUAAUAUUAAGGCACUGUCCAGUCCGGUCCCAAUGAGCAUGUACUCGAAUAAAAAAACCCUACUUAACUUGAGAAUAUAUCUAGCAUGAUACUGAUCAAUUGGUAUCAACUGGUAAGGGAUGAAUAUAAUUUGCAUUAUUAAGGAUCUUAACUAACUGUAUGCUUAUUUUCUAAUCAUUUUCAGCAAAUUUCUGUCUAGGGUAUUUUCUGCUGUGUAUAUACAAGCUAACUAUAUUUCAGUUUAUGAUAAGUAUUUUUUUUUUUGUAGACAUCUCUAUAUUUAUAUAAAAGUUAUAUCUUUUUUUAUAUCAUCAUCAAUGAAUGCUUAAAUGCUUUGGGAAAUAAGUUUCUUCUAUUAUUUGAUAAUAUGAUGAAUGUCAGAUUAUUUGAUGUCCAGUUGUGCCUUUGUUUUUGUUUAGUCCCAAAUACUUCCAUUAUAUACAGUCAUACAAAUAGUGUUAACUAAAUAUAUAUAUGGAGAAUAUAUUAGAAUGAUUUAGCCGAUUUUAGUUUUCUUGUUACUUAUGCCAAAACUUGGAGGCUAAAGUUUGAUAUGUACCAUUAUUAUUUUGGGGAUGGUCAUAUUAAAGAAGAAACACUGAGUAUUACUCAGUUAUUUUAUGGAUUUGAAUAUACUACAUUGGCUGCUUAUUAAGUUAUGUAUAUUUAUUUACAAGCACCCUCCAAACAUGUUGACAAGAUGACUAUAUCACUGCAGUUACAUCAGUAUGUGUUAAAGAUCUAACAAACCCACACUGAACUUUUUGUAAAUUACACAUUCAACAAUAAAUAAUCUUUCAAUGUUAUUGUUCUCAA